AUGAGGCUUUGGAGAUCGGAAAUCGUCUUCGCUAUUUUUCUCUGUUGUGCCACCGCCACCGCCACCGCCACCGCCGUUUGUCCCACCAAAUUCCUUUCGGAUUUCGUUUUACGGUUUCCAGAUUCGACUUGUUCUCUUUCCGAUUCUCUUGGAUCCAUUCGUUAUGUUGGUGUCACCCAGGGAGAUGAGGCUUCUUUGCAGAAGGCACUGAAUAUGGUUCAUAAGAAUUAUCAUGAGUAUGUUGCUGUGCUCUUCUAUGCGUCGUGGUGUCCGUUUUCGCGGGUAUUUAGACCGGUUUUUUCUGUUCUUUCAUCCUUACAUCCGUCUAUACCUCAUUUUGCUAUUGAAGAAUCAUCUGUUAGGCCAAGUACUUUAUCCAAGUAUGGUGUACAUGGUUUUCCUACAUUAUUCAUUUUGAAUUCUACUAUGCGUGUUCGGUAUCAUGGAUCUCGGACGCUUGGUUCUCUUGUAGGUUUCUACAACGAUGUUACUGGGAUUAGGAUUGAUUCACUUGACCAACUAUCCCUUGAGAAAAUUGGGCGCCCAUCAGAUGACGAGAAUCUCAGUGACACUGAACCAGAAAGCUGUCCAUUUUCAUGGGCUAGAUCUCCAGAAAAUUUAUUGCGACAGGAAACUUAUCUGGCUUUGGCUACUGCAUUUGUUGUUUUGAGAUUACUCUACCUGUUUUCUCCUACACUGCUUAUAUGUACUCAAUAUGCUUGGAGAAGGGUAAUCCAAAAUGUUAGAUUAUGGAGCUUGCUGGAACAUCCUUUGGUUUAUUUGAAGCGAAUAAUACAGUCGAUUUACCGUUUGAAAGAGCCAUGCAAGAGAAGUAAUCUGCAGGAAGGAGCAAUGAAUGCUAAGGCAUGGGCUUCCAAGUCCCUUGCCACAGUUUCAAUUGGAGAAGAAAGCACCAGCCGCGUGAUGCACCAGUAA